AGUUUCCCCUUCCUUUGACAGCAUUUCUUCAAAACAAAAAUCCUCUUCUCCGUCUUUAUAAAAGUUCAAACCGCCCCUUCCCUUCUCUAAAAUCUUCUUUUACAGUCUCUCCCUCUCUCUCUCUCCUCUCCCUCUCUCUAUUUUUCUUUCUUUCUUUCUUUCUUUCUUUCUUUCUGUCUUCCACAAUGGCAGAGCACUUGACUCAACUCUGUCAAUUUCUCUUCGAAGAGAAGCCAUCGCCUAGCGAUCUUACUCCCAGGCUCCGCUCGGACGAUCUCAUCAAGCUAGGGCUCGAGCACUUCUAUCUCAUCCUCAAGAAUGGCGUCUCACCGAUCGGAGAUAGCGGAAAACUAGGGUUGCAUUCGUGGUCCGAUUCGGAGAUUCAGUUUGUAGCUUCAAUUGGCCACGCCAUCACUUUCCUUUCUCGAUCUUUAUCAGUGGACCAAGUGGAACCCAUAGUUGUUGCGGUUGUUCAGCAAUUUCUUGAGUUUGCUGUUUGUUAUUUGGAGAAGUUGGAGUUCUAUGGUGAUGAUUUGAGCCUACAGGUUUGUAUGUGU